UCCGAUCAAAAAAGAAACCUCGAAAAACUGCAGUACAAAAAUCUGAAAUUUGAUCGUCGCCGUCGGUGCGAACUCGCCCUUUCUUGUAAGUACUGUACGGGACAAACCUUGUGCUAAGAAUGGAACCCUUUCUCAUUGACCAAACCACAAUCAUUUUCAAAGAGUUUGUUCAAAGAAUCGUAUUGUAAGAUGGCGAAACUACCUAAUGAAACAGAAGAAGUAAAGAUUGCCGAUGUUAAGGCAGAAAAGUCCGAAGCCAAGACGGAGAAACGUAGCGGCGAGAAGGAAAAGAAAAAAACUUCGACAAAGAAAAGAAAAUCCAAGGGCAAAGGCACUGUYAUUUCCACUCCUGCUAAAAAAGCGAUCCAAGAAAAAAAAGAUGCUGUAUCAAACGAGACCRAGAUUGCAGUUGACACUCCAAGCCAAAAGGCAAAUCCUACGAAGAAGCAAACAAAAAAGGAGGAGAAGGAUACCAAAGCCAGUGAUGAUGUAUURUCUACACCCGUCAAGAAAGAGGGAAAAACAAGUGGGAAGAAGAACAAAUCRRCUGAGAAGAAGAAAMCCGUCAAAAGCCAGGAGAAAAAAAAGAAAGCCGAGGCAGACGGUGCUUCUGUAGAUCCCACCCCGACCAAAAAAGCGAAGAAACAGGAGAAAAAAGCAGAAGCCGAGUCUGGAAUYGAURCGACUCCCACAUCCACAAAGGUUGCAGCGGCAGAAAAGGAGGAACAGAAAGAAACAAAGAGUGAUGAUGCUGCGGUUUCUACCCCGGCGAAAAAAGGCAAGGGUGGCAGCACCGUGAACGAAAAACCAACAGAGACCAAAGCCAACGCAGUCGCGAACAAACCCAACAGCACCAAAAAGCCGAAGAACAAGGCGAAGACCAAGGCAAAAGCCCCUGCUGGCAAAGGAGCGAAACCCAAUACCAAGGCAAAGGCUGCCAAGAAGAAGCAAAACCCAAAGCCACCUCUUCGCCAAAAGCAGCAACAACUGAAAACGCUGCAAAAGCAGAAAAAAAAUGCAAAGGACGGAUCUUCUCUCAAGCAGAUGCGCAAGGCGCUCGAAAAGCAACAGGCGACAUCAAAGCCACAGUCGCCCGUUGRCGACGUAUCGAAAGACAAGCAACAACCCAAGCCGUCUUCGCAGCUACAAGAACAAAAAUCGCUUGCCAAAGAUGAGCCAUCCUCCAACAAGGCCGUGACUCCGCCAACCAAAAAGCGGCAACGACCACAGAAGGAGAUGAGUCAGCAGCCGCUAUCUGAGCAGACGGAGAAGAAGCAGGUCAUGAAUCUAGCCAGGGCGAAACUAGAGCUCGAGUUGAAACACGAGGUGGAAAAGCAACGGGAGGCGUCGUUACUCAAGUAUCACGAGCUGUACGAAAAAUUCCAAGACAACGAUAUCAUUCUUGCGGUGUGCCCUCACAUGGGACCCAUUGUGGACGCCGUACUAUCUGCCAAAAGCCAAUGAUGAAACCAAUCAAUUCAACACACCCCUGGGCAAAAACAGAAUGAAACACUUUCUUUUAGCGACUACAGUAGAUGAAAAUCCAAAAGUUCACAGAUGAUACGGCAAUCUGUAACAAAAUUUGGCAUCCACAAUGUAUGAAGAGAUUGUGAAAAACUAAAAACUUAAUGACCAA